AUGAAUAAAUUAAAAUCAUCACAGAGAGAUAAAGUCAAGAAGUUCGUCGCCUUUACACAGACGAGUGAGAGUACAGCCAUAUUCUGCUUAUCGCAAAAUGAUUGGAAACUAGACUUAGCGAGUGACAACUACUUUCAGAACCCCGAAGCGUACUACAAAGAUUAUGUCAAAUCAGCAGUAGACAGAAAAAAGGUGGAACAGCUAUUCAACAAGUACAAAGACCCACAUGAAAAUGAUAAAAUAACCGUAGACGGUGUAAUGAAGUUCCUAGAAGAUCUAAAUCUUAGCCCCGAAUCAAUUUUAGUACUUAUAAUUGCGUGGAAGUGCAAAGCAGCAGUACAAUGCGAGUUCACUAAAGAAGAGUUUACAACAGGCCUUCUAGAACUUGCAGUAGACAGCAUAGAUAAAUUAAAAGCAAAACUGUCAACACUUGAAUUAGAAAUCAAAGAUCCAAACAAAUUCAAAGAUUUUUACCAUUUCACUUUUAAUUAUGCUAAGAACCCUGGACAAAAAGGUUUAGAGCUGGAUAUGGCAGUUGCUUACUGGAAUAUAGUGCUCCGUGGUAGAUUUAAAUUCUUAGAUGCUUGGUGUAAAUUUCUCACGGAGCAUCACAAAAGGUCUAUACCAAAAGAUACAUGGAACCUUCUUCUAGACUUUGCAACACAAAUUGACGACGGUAUGAGUAACUACGAUGCAGAAGGUGCUUGGCCCGUACUAAUUGAUGACUUUGUGGAGUGGUGCCAGAAACAAGGUCUCACGGCGGAUGGGUUCAAAGCUCUGGAGCCCGCAUCCGGC